GAAAAGUCACCGCAUAUUUUUGAAUUUUAAUGUCAAGUAAAAUAGCGACUUUAGCUUUCCGGACUGAAGCCAAAAAAUUCUUAACCGUUUUACGUAAUCCGUUAGCUUAUAACAGAAAUAAAAAUUGGUUCAGUGGAACUUCUAAAGUACCGUUAGGAAAGCAAAGCAGAAACGUCCCUGGUUCAGUCCCCUUCAAAAACCGUCGCACCAAUCUCCUGCGCUUACCGCAAUCGGUUGCUGUGUCAGUGGGGCGAAGUCAACAUUAUUGUAGUGAGUGGUUAAGUUCUAUCAGUUAUAGUAAGAGACGUUUCUCAGUUCAGAAAACAUCGAAAAAUAUGCCUGAAGGAAAACCUUUUGAAAGGUUGCCGCAAAAUGUUAAACCUAAACACUACCGCCUGUCCCUCGUGCCAGAUCUUGCAGCCCUGACUUUUCAAGGAAAUGUAUCUAUAGAAAUUGAGGUUGUUAGCAACACUGAUACAGUUGUACUUAAUGCAUUAGACUUAAAAUUAAACGAGGUUACUUUAAAAGGAGAUAAAUCUUUAAAACCUGGUCAAGUAGAAUUAUGUGCGGAAGAAGAAAUUGCGACGUUAAAAUUUCCCUCUUUAGUGACCCCAGGCUCCUACAUUUUAGAUAUAGCAUUUACAGGUGAAAUUAAUGACAAAAUGAAAGGGCUGUACAGAAGUAAAUAUGUAAACCAAAAAGGAGAAGAAACAUACGCAGCGGUAACCCAAUUCGAAUCGACAGAUGCUCGUCGUUGUUUCCCAUGUUGGGACGAGCCUGCGCAUAAAGCCACAUUUGACAUAAGCCUUACUGUACCUAAGAACUUAGUUGCCUUAUCAAAUAUGCCAGUCAAAAACAGUCAACCUGAAGGUGAUCUCAUUAAAUACGACUUCGAAAAAACCCCCAUUAUGUCAACGUACUUAGUAGCAGCCGUUAUUGGAGAAUACGAUUAUGUUGAAGACAAGUCUAGUGACGGUGUACUCGUUAGAGUGUAUACUCCAAAAGGAAAAAAAGAACAAGGACUGUUCGCUCUUGAAGUAGCCACCAAAGUAUUGCCUUAUUACAAAGAGUAUUUUAAUAUUGCUUAUCCACUACCUAAGAUUGAUUUGAUCGCUAUUGCGGACUUCAGCGCUGGUGCUAUGGAAAAUUGGGGCCUUGUGACUUACAGAGAAACCUGCCUUCUCGUAGAUCCUAAAAACACUUCGGCUGUUAGCAAACAGUGGAUUGCGCUGGUCGUGGGUCACGAACUUGCACAUCAGUGGUUCGGAAAUCUCGUGACUAUGGAGUGGUGGACCCAUCUUUGGUUAAAUGAGGGCUACGCUUCAUUUGUAGAAUUUCUCUGCGUCAACUACCUCUUCCCUGAGUAUGAUAUCUGGACUCAAUUUGUUAAUGAUUCGUAUAUAAAAGCUCUAGAAUUAGACAGUUUGAAAAAUUCUCAUCCCAUCGAAGUACCUGUUGGAAACCCUUCCGAAAUUGAUGAAAUAUUCGAUGAUAUUAGCUACAACAAAGGAGCUUCUGUUAUACGUAUGUUGCAUCAUUAUAUCGGAGAUGAGGAUUUCAGGAAAGGAAUGCAUUUGUACUUAACCAGACAUCAGUACAAAAAUACUUUCACAGAAGACUUGUGGGCUGCUUUAGAAGAAGCCAGUCAAAAGCCAGUUGGGGACGUUAUGUCUUUUUGGAUCAAACAAAAAGGAUUUCCCGUUGUUAAAGUUACACAGCAACCGGCAGGUGACGGUGGUGGUGUUAAACUAGCACUCUCGCAAUCUAAAUUCACCGCAGAUGGAUCAAGUCCAGCGGAUGAAGAUUAUCUGUGGAUGAUACCAAUUUCCAUAUCUACCUCUAAACAACCUUCCAAAGAAGUAGUUUGCAUUGUUCUCACUACGAGAACGGCAGAAAUCGUUGUACCUGAUGUUGGAAAAUCUGAUUGGAUUAAGAUUAAUCCAGGAACUAUUGGGUUCUAUCGAACCCAAUACACCCCAGAAAUGUUGGAGAAGUUUAUACCUGCUAUUAGGGAUAGAUCUCUUCCGCCAUUGGAUAGGUUAGGUUUAUUAGACGACUUAUUUGCUAUGGUUAAAGCCGGACACACAAGUACUGUUGAAGUUCUAAAGCUUCUUAACGCUUACGAAGACGAACCUGAUUACAACGUUUGGUGUUCAAUUGUAAAUAUUCUCGGACGCUUAGGACAACUCUUGGGUCAUACAGAUUAUGAAGCAGACUACAACAAGUACCAAAAGAGACUAUUGAGCAAAGUGUAUAGCAGAUUGGGAUGGACAGUAAAAGCAGGUGAAACACAUCUCGAUACCCUAUUAAGAGGAUUAGUAUUAGGUCGAUUGGCGUGGUUAGAUCACGAACAUACCAUAUCUGAGGCCAAGAACAGAUUUGAUACCCACGUCAAAUCUGAACAAGUACUACCUGCCGACCUAAGAAGCGCUUGUUAUAAAACAAUUUUGAGAGCUGGUGGCCAAGCGGAAUACGACACUUUAUUGCAGUUGUAUAGGUCUAGUGAUCUCCACGAAGAAAAGGAUAGAAUUAGCAGAGCGUUUGGAGCUACCAAAGAUCCAAACUUGUUAAAGAAAGUUCUGGAAUUUGCUAUGUCGGAUGAAGUAAGAUCUCAAGACACAGUAUUUGUUAUAGCUUCGGUGGGAUUAAGCAGUACUGGAAGAGAUAUCGCUUGGCAAUUCUUUAAAGACAACUGGCCCCAAAUCAGGGAACGAUUCAGCGGUUAUCUUCUUACAAGAUUAGUCAAGUAUCUGACAGAGAAUUUUGCCAGUGACGAAAGAGCCAAAGAAGUUGAAGCUUUCUUCGCCGAACACAAACCCCCAGGUACAGAAAGAACUGUACAGCAGUCUAUUGAGACAAUUAAUUUGAACACAACUUGGCUAAACAGAGACUCGGCUGCCAUUAAAGAGUACCUCAGUACUAUAUAAUUUACCUUGCAACUUUAAAAUAUUUUUGUUUUUGUUUGUUAAAUAUGGAACAUAUGCCAGUGACUGUACCUAUGAUUUGUUAUUAAAUAAAAGUUUUUGUAAUUAGC